CGGCGGAACGCUGUGUACUGUUGGACUACUUCAAAGACGCACAUCUCCGGUUUACUCCAUUGUUCAUUUUUGAACUUUUCGUGCACACUCAACCUACAAGAUGUCUUCCGAAAAGAAGGAUAAGCUGGAGCCGCAAAUCAAGUCCGUUGAUAUGACGGAGGAUAUGCAGCAGGAAGCUGUCGAAGUCGCGAUCGAGGCAAUGGAGAAGUACCACAUUGAGAAGGACAUUGCUCAGUAUAUCAAGCGAGAGUUUGACUCGCGCAAAGGAGCUACAUGGCAUUGUGUCGUAGGGAGGAAUUUCGGAAGCUUUGUUACACACGAGACGAAACACUUCAUUUACUUCUACCUCGGACACUGCGCCAUUCUCCUCUUCAAGACCCAAUAAACACGCCUUGACAUACAUGGUUGGAAAUAAAAAGAGGACCGAGUCCUUGGGCGAUUGGGGCUUUGGCUGUCACUUGGGGCAUACUGCGAUAAAAUAGAAGCCGGCGACGUAUCGGACUUGACUCGCGACACGAUGGACUGGCCCCUGAGAUCAGGCGUCAUGGCAAUUGGUGCUUCAUAAUCUUACCUUCCCUUCAGCGGUAUUUAUUUAAAUUUUUGACUCCUACAUGAUUCAAUUUAGUUGCCAUUGUAUCUUGAUGUGAGUUAGAUUGGUCGUGCCAAGCAGAUUGUGUGCUGUUUGC